AUGGCCUGGCAAUGUACUGCAUUCCUGAGCUUCACACUUAUCACACUGGUCUUGGGAAGACCCAGUGGUGUAGACAGAAGGAAGUCCAGCAAUGUUCUGCCAGUAUCUAGAAUCACACUGAAGGCUUCUUCUACACACCAUGGAAAUAGAAAUUCCCAGGGACUGAAGGUUCCUCUGUACAUGAUGCAGCUAUACAAGUCUCUCAUCAUGGCCAACGACACUGAGCCAUCUUUGCUGGAACAUCCAGCCCUCUGGGAAUCCGAUUCCGUACUCAGUCUUGCGGCAAAACAUUGCUCUGAAAAGGAUAAUGUUUUGGAAAUUGCAUUCGACAUGACAUCAAUCGAAACAAACAAUGAGCUGAAGCUGGCUGAACUAAGGAUACUACCAUCAUCUUUUAAAGACUUCAGUGACAUAACACUGGACAUUUUCCAUGGCACAGAAGGCAGCAAAAAGAUCUUUAUUGGUUCAUUACAGUCUACCUCUACCUCUAUAUCAGGUUCCACAUGGAAGGCAUAUAACCUGACUAACAUGAUUCAGAAGUACCUUUAUCAUUCAGCAUCAAAAAAGGUCAAAGAUACAUCAGAUGGUAGUGUGAGCACUAAAUGUAAUGGAAUGACAGCUGAAAAGGUUAUGCUGGUGGUGUUUUCAAAGGACAGACAAUCUCUCAAUCUCUAUGGGUCUCCAAGCAUCAUUAAGGCAGUUGAAUCCUCAAAAUAUGUCAGAGCAGAGAACGAUACCAUCAAGAAAAGUGACUCUAAGAGACAUCGGAGAAGUUGGAAUACAAAACACAGCAUCAUUAGAAAUAGUAUUUCCUCCAUACCGGCAGGAAAUGGAAAACCUCUUUGCAGGAAAGUGGACAUGUUUGUGGACUUUGAAGUUCUUGGGUGGGGAGAGCAGAUUGUCUACCCCAAAAGAUUUAACGCCUACAGGUGUGAAGGAUCCUGCCCUAUACCUCUGAAUGAAUUAUUCAAGCCAUCGAAUCAUGCCUACAUGCAGAGUUUGGUGAAAUUUAACGAUCCCGAGAAAGUGGCCUGUCCGCUGUGUGCACCUGUCAAAAUGAGACCAUUGUCCAUGUUAAUGUACGAAGGGGAGAAGAUUGUCCUCAAACACCACGAGGACAUGAUUGUGGAAGACUGUGGUUGUACAUAA